AUGAAUAAGGAGAACAGAAUAAACAUUAUGGAAAUGAAAGCACCAGGUAUCCAGAUUGCAAUUGAUAGAGGUGGAACGUUUUGUGACGUUAUUGCAAAACUCAAAGGGCAUGAAGAUUAUGUGUUUAAGCUUCUCUCUGUCGAUCCAUUAAACUAUAAAGAUGCACCCACUGAAGGGAUCAGGCGGGUCCUUGAACACUUCAACAAGACAACUAUUUCAAAAGACUGUAAGCUUAAACUAGAUCAAAUACAAAGUAUACGAAUGGGCACAACAGUUGCAACAAAUGCUUUAUUGGAGCGAAAAGGUGCCAAGGUAUUGUUGGUAACUACAAAAGGGUUUAAAGAUGUAUUGGUGAUUGGAAACCAAACUAGACCUGAUAUUUUUGACUUGACUGCAAAAAAAUUGGGACAUUUAUACCACAAGGUUAUGGAAAUAGACGAAAGGGUAACGAUUGCCGGGUUUUCAGAAGGUGGUGGUGAUAAAUUGCCAAUUGACGAAAUAGGAGAUAAUGAAGUAAUUACAGAGGGUGUUACAGGUGACACGGUAAGGGUAUUGAAAACACCCAACUACGAUUUGGUAGAAAAAGAAUUACGUGAAAUUUACGAAAAUGGGGAAAUCAAAACGAUUGCAUUAUCAUUACUCCAUUCCUAUGCAUACCCGGUUCACGAAGCUAAAAUUGCUGAGAUUGCAAAGACGAUUGGAUUUAACAUUUCCGUGUCACAUGAGUUGCAACCAAUGUUGGGGUUUGUCAAUAGGACAUCGUCUACAGUUGCUGAUGCAUACCUUUCGCCGGUUAUAAAUGAAUAUGUGCAAAAUUUCGGUGCAGGAUUUGAGGGCGGUCUUGAGGCAUUUGGUAAUAAAUUAUUGUUUAUGCAGUCAAAUGGUGGACUUUGCCCAUGGUACAAGUUCACUGGUCUCAAGGCUAUUUUGUCGGGUCCAGCAGGUGGUAUGGUUGGCUUUGGUCAAACUUGUUACGAUAACACUAGUGGCAAAGCGACAAUUGGUUUCGAUGCGGGUGGCACAUCGACUGAUGUAUCUCGUUAUGCAGGAAGCUUGGAGCAUAUUUAUGAAACAGUCGUGAGCCAAGUGAAUUUACAAACUCCACAAUUAGAUAUAUCAACAGUUGCCGCAGGAGGGGGCUCAAUGUUGUUCUGGAAAAAUAAGAUGUUUGUUACUGGUCCAGAGUCCGCUGGUUCUGACCCAGGUCCAGCUUGCUACAGAAAAGGAGGUCCCUUGACAGUGACAGAUGCUAAUUUGUUUUUGGGUAGAUUGGUUCCGGAGAAAUUUCCCAAUAUAUUUGGCCCAAAUCAGGAUCAGCCUUUGGACUAUGAAAUUGUCAAGAUCAAAUUUAACGAAUUGACUGAAUUGAUCAACAAGGAUCAAGAUAUCGAGUUGACUCCUGAAGAAGUAGCCAACGGGUUUUUGAAAGUUGCAGUAGAAGCAAUGGCGAGACCGAUUAGAAAUUUGACUGAAGCAAAAGGACACGAAACUGCCUUGCAUAAUUUGGCUUCAUUUGGUGGAUCUGGUGGUCAAUUUGCAGUUUCUUUAGCCAAAAAUUUAGGGAUUACAAAUGUAGCUAUUCAUAAGUACUCCUCAUUAUUAUCAGCAUAUGGUAUACAAUUAGCCGAUAUUGUGAUUGAGAAGCAGAGUCCUGCUUCAUUGAGGUAUUCCAAUAGUUUUGAGGCAAUCGAUAAAAAGAUUGCACAAUUGACUGCUGAGGCGUACAAGGAAUAUGAGAACCAAAAUUUGUCUAAUUUCAAGACGCAGUUGGAAGUGUUUUUAAACAUGAGAUAUGUCGGAAGUGAUACACACUUGCUAAUUCCAACAAAACAAGGUGAGCAUGAUGCCGAAGAGAAAUUCAUUAAAAGACACAAACAUGAGUAUGGUUUCAAUUUGGAUAGGAAGGUCCUUGUUGAUGAUGUGCAGGUGUUAUUGAAUGUACAGUCUGAUGGCAAGGAAGAAAGCAAUCCAUUUCAGGAGUUUGCUAAUUUGAAAAAUACUUUGAAUGUUGGAAAAUCAAGCACGACUAAGCAAAUUUAUUUUGAUUCUUGUGGGUGGACUCAAGCCUCGCUAUAUUCUUUAUCUGAUUUAAAAGUUGGUACCAAAGUCGGAGCUCCAAGUAUCAUAUUAGAUGAUACACAAACCUUAUUGAUUGAGCCUGGGUCGACUGCGUAUAUCUUACAAAACCACGUUUUAAUUGAUGUUGAACAAGAGGAAAAGCCUAGAUUAUCAACCUCUACAGUUGAUCCAAUUCAGCUUUCUGUGUUUGGACAUAGAUUUAUGUCGAUUGCAGAACAAAUGGGCCGUACUUUGCAACAAACGGCAAUAUCGACAAACAUUAAAGAGAGGUUGGAUUUCUCAUGCGCUAUAUUUGAUCACAAUGGUGAUUUGAUUGCAAAUGCACCACAUAUACCGAUCCAUUUGGGCUCAAUGUCGUAUGCUGUGAAAGCACAAAUGAAGUUAUGGGAGAAUAAGUUAGAACCUGGUGAUGUCUUGGUUUCUAACCACCCCAUAGCUGGUGGCUCUCAUUUGCCUGAUAUCACUGUUAUUACUCCCGUUCUUAAUGAUGCAAAGGAACCUAUAUUUUGGACCGCUUCUAGAGGACAUCAUGCUGAUAUUGGUUCAAUUGCAGCGGGUUCGAUGCCGCCAAACUCAAAAACCAUUUAUGACGAAGGUGCAGCUAUUGUUACGCAUAAGCUCUGUUCCCAAGGUGUGUUUGACGAAGCAGGAAUUACCAAGAUUUUGGUUGAAGAGCCAGCCAAGUAUCCAGGAGGUUCGGGAACCAGAACUUUAAGCGAUAACAUAUCUGACUUGAAAGCACAGGUGGCAGCAAACUACAAAGGUAUCAAAUUGUUGCAGAGAUUGAUUGAUGACUUCACCUACCAAGUUGUUAAGUUGUAUAUGGGUGGUAUUCAAUCGACGGCAGAGAUUGCCGUACGCAAUUUGCUCAAAUUGGCUUACACGAAAUUUGGUUCGCGAGAGUUGAAAGGAGUAGACUACAUUGAUGAUGGAACGGCAAUUGCUCUUACUGUGCACAUUGAUCCGGAAACAGGGUCAGCAUUAUUUGACUUUAGCGAGACCGGUGAUGAGAUUUAUGGUAAUUUAAAUGCCCCAACCGCCAUCUUGUAUUCUGCAGUCUUGUAUGUACUCCGUUGCCUUAUAAGCACGGAUAUUCCUCUUAACAAUGGUUGUUUGCGACCAAUUGAAUUCAAGACUCGCGAAGGUUCAUUAGUCAGUCCUUCUUCCGAUGCAGCUGUUGUUGGAGGAAAUGUGGAAACUACACAAAGGAUAGUUGAUGUGAUGCUCAAGACAUUUCAAGCAGCAGCUGGAUCUCAAGGUACAUGCAACAAUCUUACAUUUGGUACCAGCGACCACGAUUACGGAAUCUCGUUUGGCUACUACGAAACCAUCUGCGGUGGUGCAGGUGCUGGACCCACAUGGGACGGACAGUCUGUGGUGCAGUGUCACACCACAAAUACUCGAAUGACUGAUACCGAGUUGUUUGAAAAAAGAUACCCCGUAUUACUACACGAGUAUUCAGUUAGAUUAGGAUCCGGUGGUGAUGGGUUUCAUAAAGGUGGAGAUGGGGUAGUACGUGAUAUAGAGUUCUUGUACCCAUUAGAGGUAUCUUGUCUUAUGGAAAGGCGCGCGUUGGCUCCUUACGGCUUGCUUGGUGGAGAGGAGGGAGCAAGAGGACUUAAUCAAUGGUUUUAUAAAUUAAAGGAUGGAACAUACAGAAAGAAGUCAUUGGGAGGCAAGUGUACAGUAAAAGUUAGUAAAGGUGAUCGCAUAGUGAUAAACACUCCCGGUGGAGGAGGUUAUGGGAAAAAAGAGAAGGAAACAACAACAACAACAACAACAACACCGGCAGCAGUAUCGGAGCAGGCUACGUUAGAAUCGUCGGAUGGUGUACAUUACCCAAUCAAAAGUCCACAGCCUUCAAUAUUGACCGGGUCUGUCCGGAUGAGAUCUAUAAUUCAGAACACAAACUAA